GCGGCAUACAGAUGUUUAUUGUGAACAAGGCCAGUGACUUGACAUCGGAACUGGCCCAUCCCUAAUAGUAUUUUGAUAUUUUGAUCUGUAAGAUAUAUCUUCAUAAAAUUGUGCAAUAAAUUGGGGGUGGCUGGAGCAUCCUGGAGGAUAGCGAGGCGCCAUGGUGUACAUCGACCAUAAUGGGCGCGUGUGGGAGAAGCGUCCUUGGGACUGGCGACGGAUUGUGGAGCUGUUCGUCGGGAUAUGGUUUGCCAUCAAGCAGCUGUUCCUUACAUUCCUCGCUCCCUUUACGGGCAACGAUAACCAGGCCAAUCCGCGGCGCGGAAAUGGAUGGGGCGGCGGAGGAGGAUGGGGAGGCGGCGGUGGAGGUGGUGGUGGUGGAGGCGGCGGCGGAGGAGGAGGAAGACCUGGAUCUGGAUCAGGAGGACUAAGACCAAACCGCCGGAUCGGACGCAUUCAGACGACUAUGAGCUGCAAUAUGCCCGCUGGAGGCGGAUGAGGAUAGUAGCGACAUCCGUUUCCCAAGACUCUUGCACUCUUGGGAGGAUGUCGCGCCGACAGAAGGCUGGCCGCGUUCAGCAGCAUUUCCAAUGGCCUAGAAAUCACGGCUGAUCCCGCCCAUGUGGCGCAUAUGACGCAGUUGUUUUAAACUCGUACUCGAGCGGACAACUGCUGAAUACGAUUAUUCACUGAUUCCUGGGUCGCUGCUUACGUGGCCGUCGUCGGUUCCAUUUAUCAACUAACUCCAAUAUAUUGCUAGGAGUUUUUUAUAUCGGUCUGCGGGUUUAUAAUGGCGAAUUAAUAAGUACAAAGUCACAGUACCCAAAAAGAAAUACAUAGUUAUUCUGGUGAAAUACAUAAAUAAAUACCAAGCAUAACUUUUGCAAAAA